AUCCCCGGAUGAUCCCGGAACUGCAGCGUCACACUGAGUAAUACGUGGGUCUCCGUGAGUGUGUGUGUGUGUUAGAUGGUCGCUCUUGUGGCUUAUCGACAAUCGGAGAGAUGCUCCAGAACUGAUCACCGAGAGCAGGAUCGGAGAUGCUGAGUUUGAUCCGCUGAUGAUCCGCCGACCAUUUUACAAAGACAGCGGUCCGUGAACACAUCACCGACAUCUUGGCUGGAAACUCCCCCUAAAAUCCUCCGUUUUCCCGAGAGGACCGGCUCAUCUUUGAGGCUGUUCCAGACACCAUCACCGGGUUAGUGAUGCUCGAACAGACGAGGAAGAAUAGUGUUUAUUAAGAUCCUGAGGAUUUGAACCUGGUUAAUUUUGUGUUUCUUUGUGCAGUGAUGGCAGAGCAUCUGUCUCAGAGUGAGCUCGACUAUCCAUUCAAACUUCUGGAGUAUUUUAACGGAUUCAGGAUCUCAAAGGUCUCAUUUAAACCUUCACAUUUAAUCAGUAUUUAACUCACAGAGGUGCACUUUCUGCUAUUAUUGUGUUGCUUUGUAUAAAUACACUGGAUUUGGUUGUUAAAUUGUUUGUGUUCAAUGUAUCCAGGGGCGUUAUGCAAAUGAAAUUUUGGGGGGUGGGGCCCCAGUAAGAGUGGGGGCCUUUCUCAGAAAAAAAUAAAUAAAUAAAAAAAAAUAAUUUUCAGUAUUUUUUUUAACAGCUAUAUUCAAAGAAACAGGGGCUAGUAGUUUAUUUUCGGUCAAGAGGUGUCAUGAUUAAGUUCUGUACACCAUCAUUCUUGCCAAAAUCUGCUUUUGUUGCCUCUGUCAGCAAAGUUAAUCUAAAUUUUUACUAUAUUUUUUGUCUUUUUCUAUUAACCUUUUAAGUUAUACUUAAAAAUAUGAAGGUUUUUGGAGGGCAGGCCUUAAAAAACCUUUUGACAGCUAGCUGUUUUUGGUUUGUUUUGGAUAAUGCAACAAUUUGACUCAACUCAAAUGUUUAAUAAUAGUUAACAUUUGUCACUUUACCCCCUCAGGUGAUAUUUUCAGCCUGUGAACUGGGCGUGUUUGACCUCCUGCUGAAGUCCCAGGAGCCUCUAAGCGCCCAGCAUGUCGCCCGGGAGUUGAACGCCAGCGUUGACGGGAUGGAGAGGCUGCUGGACGCGCUGGUGGGCAUUGAGAUCCUGGAGGUGGAGAUGUCGGGCGGGACAGGUGAGGAGAAGGAGGAUAGAGAGGCGAUGAGGGGGUGAUAUUUGCUAAUAUAUUAGUGUACGGACAUAUGGAGGCUCAUGGUGGGGAAUGAAGUCAGGAGAAAGUCUGAGCUGGAAAACUGAUCAGCUCUGGUUUUGAGUUUCUGAUCGAUUCAUCUCCGGUGCAAAGACACUAAAACACUUGUAUGUCUUCAUGCAUGACCGCAGCGAUCGAAGCGGAUAACCUCCUGAUUUAAGGCCGUUAAAUGUGAAUUUCUCUCCAUAAAUCAGCUCUGUACAGCAGCAGCGACGUGGCCAAUCUGUACCUGGCCAAAGGCAGCGCCAAGUCUCUUCACGACAUGAUCAUCUACCAAUCACAGACCGUCUACCCGCUGUGGAACAACAUGGUGGACGCCGUCAGGUCAGAGACAUUUAUCAGCUUCUGUGCUCUUCUCUUAGUGAUUUAUAAACCAUAAAAAAUGGACUUUAACUCUACGGACGUUCUAGGAUUCAGCGUUAAACUCUGGUGAUGAUAUUUGACGUCCUGCCCAAAAUAUUUACCUUCACAGCUCUUAGAUCCUCCGCUGAAUAAAUCAAGUAAUUCAAAUUAUUUAAGAGCCUCGAGGCAAAUUCUGCGCCUGAAUAGACCGACAUGUUUAACCUACAUUUACCAGCAACACAACAACAAACAGCGAACCCAGCCAACUGGAUUUAGCUUCAUUUGGAGAUGAUUUCCUUUAAUUAUUAACAUGAUCCUGCACAAUUGGGAGGAGAAAUAUCACAUGUAUGAUAUUUCCUCUCAUUCUUAAAAAAAAACACAUUUUAUUGGGCGAACUUUGCAUGAGGUGUCGGGAUGCUGCUGGUCUCCUCUUGGUGUUUAAGUGUGAUUGUGAUAUAUGAGUGUAAAAGCAACAGGUGGAUUUCUCUGUCUGUUUGUGGCAGUGAAAAGUAGAAAAAGGCUGAAGAUGAUAAAGGUGAGCUAUCGGCCUCCAGAGCUUCUGUGCCUCUGAGAAACUAAGAUAAAAUCUUCUACAUGCAGGGAGGGGAAGAAUCAGAACGAGAAGACCUUCGGGAUUCCACCAGCCGAGGUUUUUCAGGCUAUUUACAGGUGAGUGUGGAUACAGAUCGAUUAAUCAUAAAAUGAUCAGACUUCAGUUUGUAAAUCUUUGAUUUUUGAUUUGUGUAAAUUUCACCCUCAGAUCAGAAGAGGAGAUGCUGAAGUUCAUGGGUCUGAUGAACUCUGACUGGGUUCUGGACGGACACGACAUCGUGACGGCGUUUAACCUCUCCUGUUUCCAGAGUAUCGUAGAUCUGGGAGGUAAGAGGUCAUCAGUCUGUGGGUGAAAUGUUGAAGAUAUUUGGGUCGAACAAACCGUCUCUUUGGAUUAAAUUAGAGAAAAUUUAGACUUGACCUUUUAUACAUGUUACUCUUUCUCCCAGGCUGCACUGGCGCUCUGGCUCGUGAGAUUUCAAAAGCGUACCCGACCUCCUCUGUGACGGUGUUUGACCUCCCGAGAGUCGUGGAAACAGCUCAGAAACAUUUCACCCAGGAGGACGACACCGUCGAGUUUCAGACAGGUGGGCUUAAAAAAAACUCAACUGUCUUUUACAUUUAGGCAGAUAACUCAGACAAGACUAAACUGAUGUUUUAUAAAUUCUCUUCUUUGAACAGGUUCUUCUCUCAUGAAUUUGAAGUAACCGAAAAGUAACCUAAGUAAAGUGCAGUUUAGAAAUGUAAUAUAUACAUAUGACAUAUAAAUAGCAUAUAUAAAAAUAAAUAGCACGCAGUCUGAAGUAAAAGUUAAAAUGCUCUUCGAUCUCAUUUUUUAAAUGUUGAACACUCAGAAAAACAGACUCAGACCUCGUUUGGUGGAGAGUUUAGGACGCACAAAAACAAAUUUGUUGGACAGAAUUUCCACACCAGUAUGCAAACUCUGACCCGUGUGUAAAUGCAUUUUGAAAACUGGUAAAGAGAGUCACUGAGGAGAGAAUUUAAAGUUUAUUUUGAUGCACUUUGCUAAUUUAAUUCCAUGAAAUGUCACCAGAGAGCAGAAUAAGAGGCUAUAGUCUGUGUUUUAAUGGUAAAUAGGAGUAUCUUAAAAAAUGUGGAGUAUAAGUGAAUAAAAAGUUCAUGCACAGAGGGAUGACUGACUUUUACCUGCAGGAGAUUUCUUCACUGAUGAGAUCCCUCCUGCUGACCUUUACGUGCUCGCCAGAAUCAUCCACGACUGGCCUGAGGAGAAGUGUUUAAUGCUGCUGAAGAAGAUCUACGACACCUGCAAACCAGGCGAGUCUCUCUGCAGAGAAGUGUGUUCACUGGUUAACCUGUGACUCUAUUUUUAAAGUCCACCUGACUGGGAUCGUACUCUGAUAUGUUGGUUUUUAAUUUUAGUAGAUUUAAGUUGAAUCUAAAAGCCUAAAACAAAAGCUGACCGAUGCUGUGCUCCAGCCUCAGCCUCUUCUGCUCCGAGUUUGAAACGUUCAGGAGGUAAAAUCUCUGCUGGAGAGGUUCCAGUUCAUUUCCUGAGUAAUUUUAAGAGACCCUGCAGCGAGACUCCUGACCUUUGACAUCCCCCCUCGCUCGCUCGUGUGUCUAGUUCAGUGUGCACCUGUGUGGAUGAAACAAGCAAAGAGGAUAUUUAAUUUCCUCUGUUUCUACUGGUCCAUCCAAACCUUCUUUCUUUCAGUACUUUAAUCCGUGUUGGUCGUCCCGGCAGGUGGUGGAGUCCUGGUGGUGGAGGCCAUGUUAUUCGAGAACAGACGAGGUCCCAUCAUGGCUCAGAUCUUCUCCCUCAACAUGCUGGUGCAGACCGAAGGUCGCGAGCGUCCGCCGUCUGAGUACAAGAACUUGCUCACCAAGACCGGCUUCAGCAACGUGCAGGUGUGCCGGACCGGGAAGUCGUACGACGUCAUCCUGGCCACCAGGUGAGCUCAGACUGAGAGCAGGACGGUCGGAGGAGCGGCCGUCAAGUCUGGGAAAACAAAGGAAGUUAUACUUGGAGCUUUUCAAGGCCUUGAAAGGUUUGAAAGUGGACUUUAAAAUGUUUAAGCUCUGAAAAAAAACUAUUCAACUCACGUAGAAGUCCAGUUAGAGUUUUGGUCUGACCCCGUCAUGUCUUCAGAAACCUUAAUAACUAAAUACAAACUCUCCAGGUCUUAUCUGCAAACACAUUAGUUCAUAUUUGUAAAGAAAAAAGUCAGACUGCUCCUUUAAACUGAGUUUGUGUGAAGAUAAAACGAUUGUAAUCUCUCUUAUGUCUGUAAAUUUAAAGCUACAGCCAGUCAGAUUAAUGUCACUUUUAAAAGAUAAGGAGAGGACAUUUUGUCAAUUAACAAAAUCAACAAUAAUACAAGAGGUACUAUUCUGUCCGCAGGGGGCGCCAAAGUCAACACAGGCAGAAAGUUCCUCACUGGAGCUUUAAGAACAGCUCAAAUUAAAUUAAAAUACACAAAAAAACACAAAACUACAGCAGCAUGAGUAAAAGUAGUUAGUUAUUUUCCACCCCUGCUCCUCUGAAAGACUCUGAAAUUGCACUGAUACUUUUUAAAAAGUGUUUUGUAUUUGAUUUUAACUGACCUCAAUUUUAAGGUGUUUUUAUUAUUAUUAUUUGUUCUUUUUAUUGGUGUGCUGAAGAUACCAAAUGCUGCUUGAUAUCUGCUUAAAGCUCCUGUGAGGAUUUUUUAAAUAGUGAUUUAACAGAAUGUCAAUAAUAGAAGUUAAUGAAACCAUCAGUGCAAGAACUGAAUGUUUGUUUUUGUUAUUUUUAACGUCUGGAAACUCUUGGUAGGGGGUAGGUGUCACAUUUCCUACUUCAAAACAUCGUUAUUUGACUUAAAAGACAAGACAUAUAUAAGAAAAUAGUUACCACUUUGUCCACAAGGGGGCGCCAAACCAACACAAACAGAGAGUUUCUCACAGGAGCUUUAAUGUGUCACAUUUUAAACUCAUCAUACAGGGUAUCAGAUCGGGUUUCAGGUUCAUCUCUGGAUCACUUCUCUGUGAAUAUCUGAGCGCUGCAGCAUGAAGACCAUCUGUAAAUAAUAAUGUGUACCUGUAAGUUCAGGAAAAAAAUGAUCCACCUCAUCCUUAUGCAGUUUUACAGGGUGAAAAUGUUCCUGAAUUUUGAACUGAGUAAAAAAAAAGGUGUGUGUUGUGUGUGACUGUGAUCUGAGCCUUUCCGUUCACUGUGAUGAGUUCAGGGUCCCUCUCAGACUGCAUGUGAAACAAAAGCUCGGUUUACCUCCAUCACUCCUCUACUGGUGUUUUAACAAUUUCUCAUUUAAUAUCUGUUACUCUGUAAACUUCUUUGUUGCACUGGUUAAAGAAACAUUACCUGUUUAUCUAUUUUGAAGCUCUCAGCUGUUGCUACAUUAAAAACACACUGGACAACAAUAGAAAAGGAACAUACAACAUGAUUUACUGUGUACUGGUUUUUGUGAUUUGUGUCAUACAUGAAGUGUAAGUGCAUAUUGAAACUGUCCUUUUUGUUCCAUCUCAUGAUACAUAAACUACAUUUCUUACCACUCCACAUUUGUUGCAUGCAUUUUCUCAUUAAAUCUGAGUGAAAUCAU